AUUGGAAAGGAGCAAAACACAAACUGCACUUUUUUGGAAUUUUGCCCAUCAUCCACAAUCCUUAUGUGAGGCAUGAACACAUAUGUCUUUCUCUUUUCUGUGCAUUGUAAAAACAUAAAAACAGAUAAAAAGAGAUAGCUCAUUACUGCGCAUAAUGGGAAACACUUAUUCCGCCUUUGAAGCCUUCUGAAAAAGAAGCGUUGUUGCGCCAACAACGCUCCAUUUACAUAUAAUGUGACGUGCAUAUUAACCAAGCUACAGCAACAUUGUUAUUAUUAGGUGUGCUGCGAUCGAUCACGAGGCCUAAAAUCACGAGAUCCGCAUAUGCCGAUAAAUGCCUUCCAACGCCAAUCACAAAAGCCGAUACCUAUUGCAGCCCCCAUCAAUCCUUUCGUGCAGUGUAGUGUCUUGACCUACCUAACGUCUUUGGCAGCGUCGUCCUCCAACUUUUCCCACAAUAACAAUCAUGUCUGCCGUGUGGAACUCAACUACCAACACAUGCCACGGAAACUAUUUAGUAGCAUGUUUAAAAACUUUAAUACGGCAUUUGAAGAACAAACAAUUGACCGAGUAUGGUAACGUUUCGAGCCUCACGGUAUGAUCAUCAGUCAUACGGCAGCGAAUGUAGCCAUGUGGCUAACACUCGAGCGUAUGUGUGUCAAAAGGCUAAGCUAAUUACCCAAAAAAUAAGACAUGAGAUGACCGUACUGUAAGUAUUACCUACCUGAAAAAUAUGCAUGUUAGGUUCAUUGGAGACUCUAAAUUGUCCAUAAAUUGUUUGUCUAUAUGUGCCCUACCCCACCUCUCUCCCAAAGUCAGUUGGAUAGAGUCCAGCAUACCCGUGACCCUAGUGAGGACAAGCAGCAUAGAAGAUGGAUGGACGUCACAACCGACUCAAAAAGUAGUAAAAGCUAAAAUAUUGUUUGAUAAUGGAUGCUGACAAUCUAAUUACCACAAUAUCCUUUGAGAUAAUGAAAGUUUAUCCCCAGUGUAUGACAAAUUAAGAGACUAUAAUGUUAGUUCUAAACUUUGUGAGUCACACUUCCUGGACUCCUGGGCCAACUUCCCUCACCGGCAUUAUAAGUUUGGUCCUGCACACCUGAUCUUGACAGCCGGAUUUAAUUCUUAAAUAAAAUUUUGUCCAAGAAACAACAGAAAUGCCAGACCUAAUUGAUAAAAACAUAUUGAUAUUUUUAUAAUUAUUCCUAUUAUUUGCUUACUUCUGUAGAGGACCUUGUUUGCUACCACCCAUGUGGAUUCUUUUAGUAGAACACCUUGUUUCUUACUGCCUGUGUGGCUUACUUGAGUAGAAUAUCUUGUUUUAUGCUGCCUGCUCCCUGUGUGACUUACUCAUGUUACUUAUGUACUUAUGUACCUGCUUUCCUUCUACCUCUAAGGCUUACCUACAGUGCCUUACAGUGUGCCUUACAGUGUGUGGCUUACUUUGAAUUUAUUCUUUGCACAAAUUUGGUCUUUUUACAUCUACAACUGGCUCUUAAUAUCACUUCCCUUUCCACCGAUGAGCUGGUGUCAUAAAAAUUACAAUGAAUUGUGUAGAAGCGACAAAUAUUUAGGCUGGUGAGUGUACAUCACUCAUUAGCAUCUUUGUGAUAUCAUUUUAGCUGUCAUUGUCAUAAGAAAUAUUACAUAUAAAGUUCAAUCAGGAGCAUAAUCAGCGCUGUCUGACUGUUUGCAUCACUGUGGGUGUUGAUCGCACAAAGUCUGCAUAAAAUGGUUAAAGGUGAGAAAGCAAUAUAGAUAGGAGAGGUGUGGCAGGAGGGACAUAUAUAAGACACCAGGACUCUUGGACGGUCUGUACUUUCAGAAACUAAACCCUGCUCAGACGACCCACUUCUAUCGCUGCUCUAUAUCAAACCUGAGCCAUGGAGACCCUGUUUAAACGUGAAUCCGCUCAAUUUCUGGGCCCCAGUUCGGUUUACAAAUCAUACCCACACAGUGUGAGCGGCGAGGCAGGCGGUGAAGGGACCAGGAUCGCAGUCUCCUACAGUGGUAGGGUCUUAGGCAUGUAUGACAACCAUCAGGACAUUAAGGGACUGCUGGCCAUCGGGAGCGAGAAGGUUGCCAUGCAGCAACUGAAUGAGCGCCUGGCCAGCUACCUGGAGACCGUCAGAACUCUCGAGAAGGCCAACAGCAAGCUGGAGAUCAAAAUCAGGGAGGCUGUGGAGAAAAGGGGCCCAUUGGAAGGGAAGGACUACAGCAAGUAUAAUGCUAUCAUUGGAGAUCUAAAAGCCAAGAUUUAUGAGAUGUCUAAGAGCAACGCCCAACUUGCUAUUUCCCUUGACAACGCCAGCCUGGCCGCAGACGAUUUUAAGAUCAAGAUGCACUACGAGAUGUCCAUGCGUCAGGCCGUGGAAGCUGAUGUUGCAAGACUUCGUAAGCUACUGGAUGAUACCAACCUGAGCCGUCUGCACUUGGAGAGCGACAUUGAGUCACUGAAAGAACAGCUGAUCACCCUCAGGAAGAACCAUAAGACGGAUGUUGCUGAAUUGCGUGGCCAGAUCACUCAGGCCGGAGUCCAUGUGGAUAUUGACGCCCCUAAGGGCCAAGACUUGGCCAGGAUCAUGGACGAGAUGAGGGCUAAGUAUGAGAAGAUCGUGCUGAAGAACCAGGAGGAGGCCAAAGCGUGGCACGAGUCCCAGAUGGGAGAGAUGCAGGUCAAAGUGACUGCGAAUACCACAGCCCUGAAAGAAGCCACGGUGGUGGUGUCUGAAACCAAGAGGAGGUAUCAGACGUUGGACAUUGAACUGCAGUCACAACGGAGCCUGAUAGCGUCCCUGAAGGCCACCUUAAGGGACACAGAAAUGCGCUACAACAUGGAGAUGGAGAAGUACAACGUGACACUCCUAAGGCUGCAAGAGCAGCUCACUAAGCUACGCAAUGACAUUCUUGAAGACACAAGGAAGUACCAGCAACUCCUCGACAUCAAGGUCAAACUGGAGGCUGAGAUCUUAGAAUACAGGAGGCUGUUGGAAGGAGAGGUCGACCUAAACAUUGACGUUGUCGACAAAAAGAAGACAGUCCAGACCCAAGUUCUGACGGUCACUCAGACUCUUGUGGACGGCAAAGUGGUGUCGGAGAGCAGGGAUGUCAAGUCCAGUGAAAAACUGUUGACUAACUAAAAGCCAAAAGAAAAAAAUAUGGAAAUAAAAUA